AUGGAUCCUUUUUUUCCUGAGAAUCUUCUUUUAGGUGAUGUUUUUUGGGAUGAACAAGAACAACCUCUUCUUUCAACAAGCGACUUUGUUCAAACACAACCUUGUCCUAUACAAUAUCCAAGUGCUUUUGUUCAAUAUAGAGACCAACCCAAGAUUAGUUUAGGAAAACAAAAUUCUUUAAAAGGAUCCAAUUCACAUUCCAUGAACAAGAGAAUGUUUGCAUUUUUGAGAAAAAGUUUGCCCGUAGAGAGAAAUAAAGCAGCUGAAUGUGAAAGAGAACGAGGUUUCAAACAUAUGAUUAGUGAAAGAAUGAGAAGACAAAGACAGAGACAGUGCUGUAUCAACUUACAUUCAGUUUUACCUCAUGGAACCAAAACGGAUAAUAAUUCAGUAGUUCAAACGGCAGCUAAGGAAAUUCAAAGGCUGCAAGGAUGCAAAGAGGAGUUAGAGAGGAAAAACUUUGUGCUUGAAGGAAAUGUUGAAGGAAGAAAAUUCCAGCAUUUGAGAGUGACAUAUUCAUCUACAUCUGGAAUUGAUUCUAUAGUUGAGACACUGAAACUGUUGAAAGGACAUGGUGUGGAUACUAGAAGGAUCAACACAGAUUUUUCUCAGCAGGAGUUUUUUGCGGUCUUAGAGAUAGAAACUGAGAUUGGAGAAAGUGAUGUGGAAGGGGCUGUUAGGAGAACACUUGAGGAACUUGAGUGGAAGUUUCAUUCUCAUGUCCAAGAAGGUUCUGAAAAGCAACUACUACAUUCAUUUUAA